AUGGGAGGAUUCACGAGGCACGAACUCCUCCACCUCUACUUUUUGUGCAGUUGUAUUUCGCCGAGUCUCUCUACAGGUCUACACUCACAACAAUUUUCUUAUUCUGCUGGCAGUGGAAUUCAAACCGAACAAGCGAUAUGUGCGCAGGUUAAGAUCAGGGAGGACACCGUCCCAGGAUUUCAUAUCAUUUCCCAGUUUCAUCUAGCAGCGGAGACAAUGAGGGGAACCGUCAAAAAGGUGGUCGGAUCAACACCUAUACAUGUAGCAUACAAACUUGGGCCAGAAUCCAACUUCAAGAUACAAACAAGAUCUGCAUACCCUCUUGGACUACCAGAAGAGUUUGCAUUUCUAACUACUUUCCGGAUGAAUGGCAGCACCAUAAAUAAGAACUGGAACAUUUGGCAAAUGCAGGAUCUAAAUGCCAAAGAACAACUGGCAGUAAGAAUGAAUGGGGAAUCCUUCUCCUUGGAAUUCUCCUACACAACACCGGAUAAAAGAGGACAGACUGCUGUUUUCUCUUUCCUGCCAUUUCUGUUUGAUUCACAAUGGCACAAGAUCUUACUGACCGUCAAAAGGGGGUCAGUAAACCUUUUUGUUGACUGCAUAAUGAUAGACUCUCAGAACCUACUUCCUAGAGACAAAGUGAACCUGGAUGGGUUUACACUCAUUGGGAAAUUAAAGGAUAACCCUGCUAUAGCAGUGCCGUUUGAGUUGCAGUCAAUGCUGAUUCACUGUGAUGCUGCACGGGCACAACGAGAAACCUGCAACGACCUUCCAGCCAGAAGAUCGAUUUCACAGGCAGAACUUGAGAGAGGCACGCCUGGUCCCCGAGGCCCCCCUGGCCCACCGGGUCCUGCAGGUGUCCCCGGAAUCGAUGGCAUAGCUGGUGACAGAGGCCCCGAUGGUGAAGAUGGCCCUACUGGCCCUGAUGGUGAUGCUGGUAAACCUGGGUCUGCAGGAUUGCCAGGACUGCCAGGAGCUGAUGGAUUGACGGGGCCUGCAGGAGAUGCUGGCCCAGAUGGCCCCAUUGGACAGAAGGGAGAACCUGGAAAACCUGGGCCACGUGGAGAAGCAGGUGUUGGACCUGAUGGACCCCCUGGCCCACCUGGACCAGGAGGGCUUCCGGGUGAACAGGGGAAAGUUGGGCCUCCUGGAGCCAUGGGAGUCAGAGGGCCUCAGGGGCCACGGGGCCCUUCCGGACCUCGAGGAGCAGCAGGAAUGCGUGAUCUCAGCACAGAACUGUGUCCCAACGCCUGUCCACCAGGCGCCCCUGGGCAUCCUGGUCUCCCAGGUAUGAAGGGCCACAAAGGUGUAAAAGGAGAAUCUGGUGAACCAGGGAAACAAGGGCACAAGGGUGAAGAGGGUGACCAGGGGGCCCCUGGGGAGGUUGGAGCACAGGGCCCACCAGGUCCUCAGGGCAUCAGAGGAAUCACAGGGAUGAUGGGACCUAAAGGUGAAAUGGGACCACGGGGCAAUGAUGGUAACCCAGGGCAACAGGGUAUCCAGGGGUCUACGGGGGAUCAAGGCCAAAGAGGCGUGAUGGGUGAGACUGGCCCAAAAGGUGAUCAAGGGCCUCAAGGGCAACGGGGAAUCACUGGGCUUCCUGGGCCUAAAGGAGAGGGUGGGCUGCCAGGAGUAGAUGGCCGCGAGGGAAUCCCAGGAAUGCCAGGAGCCAAGGGGAACACUGGGAAACCAGGAUCUCCAGGGGAGGUGGGACUUCAGGGACUUCCUGGUUUGCCUGGCGCUCCCGGGCCGAAAGGAGUCAGCGGUGAAAAGGGUAACGCUGGUGAUCCAGGCCUCGUUGGGACGAUGGGGUCCGCUGGUAAAACGGGAGAGCGCGGAGAACAAGGAGAAGUUGGACCAGUUGGACCAAUUGGUGGGCCAGGAGAUGUUGGAGAGCGUGGCCCUGUUGGGCCUCCGGGAAAACCUGGCCCUCGGGGAGCAAAGGGUGAUCUGGGCCUGCCUGGACUUCCUGGCCCCCCUGGUCUGCCUGGAGUGAAGGGAGAUCGGGGUGAUGUUGGUCUAACAGGUCCUAAGGGUGAACAAGGUAGUCCAGGUGCUGAGGGAACACCAGGAGAAAAGGGUGAUGUGGGUGACCAAGGUGAACCUGGGCCUAAAGGAUCGACGGGAAAUCCAGGAGAACCUGGGAACCGGGGACCAGAGGGAAGCAGAGGCCAACCUGGCAUUGAGGGACCCCCUGGCACUGCUGGACCCAGGGGCAUGCAGGGAAACAGAGGGCUGCCUGGGUCACGGGGGUCACAAGGGCCAGCGGGCAAAGAACCCAGCGAUCAGCACAUCAGACAAGUGUGUAUGAGGGUAAUGCAAGAGCAGUUGGCCCAACUGGCUGCCAGUCUGAGAAGGCCAGAGUCUGGAGCUGCUGGGUUGCCUGGCCGACCGGGCCCAACCGGUCCCCCAGGGGCCCCUGGAGACAGUGGUUUCCCUGGACAGGCUGGAGCAAGAGGUUUGCCAGGUCUCAAAGGACCACCUGGACUUCUGGGACUAAAGGGACCCAAAGGUGAGAUGGGAGACAGAGGGGACAGAGGACCCACAGCACGAGGGCCCAAGGGCCAGCCUGGAGCUCCUGGUCUGCCAGGUGAACCUGGAAAACCAGGGUAUGGUCAAGAUGGGCGGGAUGGAGAGAGGGGCCCGCCCGGUGUGCCUGGACAGCCAGGCGUCCCUGGGCCUCCUGGUCCUCCUGGGCCCAAUGGCUACUGUGACCCGUCUGCCUGCAACCUGCAGGCGGUGGCUGCGCCUCAAUCUCUGAAGGACUCCAGCAUGAAAGGACCAGGGGGGAACUGAGCCCAAAUGCUGGGCAAGAGAGAACCCAGAGACUAAUGGAGAGACCCUCCUCUUCGAACUGACGCCAUAACAUCCUCACAAUGUUUCUACGGCAGCAUACAGCCUUACAGUAACGUUGUGAGAAUGUUACACAGUGGCCGAGUCCAGCAAGCCUAUUUUGGUAAUACACAAAGAUAAUGCAGUGGUGCUCCAUUUUUUUAUUGUUCUUACAGAAAUGUGCCUUAGGGUAAUGAUAUUACCUGACAUGUCCCCUUAUUUGUCAUUCCUGAUGGAAGUAGUGCUAGUGUAGUCGUCCCACAGCCCCAGGUCCCCGCCUCCCCUCCAUAAAGUAGGACUGUGGUUUUACCUCAGCUGUAGCUUUCGCCCUCAGUAUUUAUAAAAUAUUAAUGCUCUCCCCAUUUCCUAAAGAAGUAAUACCAGGUCAUUCAUUCAUGGACAAAGUGACUUUCUUUUUGUCUUGACGUAUGUGCUGUACUAUGUU